AUGAAAGUCCAGUUGACCAACAAUAGAACAGAGGAAAUUUUAAAGGCUCAGACAGAUAAUGAAAGUGAUGAAGUGAGCAAAGCUACGGCAGGUGAAGUUGAGGAGUCACUAAGACUAAUCGACGAUCUAAAAUUCUUUUUAGCAACAGCGCCCGUAAAUUGGCAAGAAAACCAAAUUAUAAGGCGAUACUACCUAAAUAGUGGACAAGGUUUUGUUUCUUGCGUAUUUUGGAACAAUUUAUAUUAUAUCACAGGCACUGAUAUUGUCAAAUGCUGCCUUUAUAGAAUGCAAAAGUUUGGGAGAGAGGUGGUUCAAAAGAAAAAAUUCGAAGAGGGUAUUUUUUCAGAUUUGAGAAAUCUUAAAUGCGGUAUAGAUGCCACUUUAGAACAACCAAAAUCAGAAUUCUUAUCAUUUCUAUUUAGGAAUAUGUGCCUCAAAACUCAAAAAAAGCAGAAGGUGUUUUUCUGGUUUAGUGUGGCACAUGACAAGUUAUUUGCUGAUGCAUUGGAAAGAGAUUUGAAGAGAGAAACUUUGAGUCAAACUUCUACAACCAAGCCCGUGAAUGAACCUGCUUUAUCAUUUUCAUAUGAUUCUUCUUCCGAAAAGCCUCUCUACGACCAGUUGCUUCAACAUUUGGAUUCUAGAAGGCCGUCAAGUACAAUAAAGUCUGAAGACUCGCCUACAAAGCUAGAGAAUAAGAACUUCAAAGAUACAGACUUGGUAACAAUAACAGCUCAGCCACUUUUGGGUGUCGAUCUCAUGGAUGAUAAUAGGCCAGAAUCCCCCCCUCAAAUCGAUGACUUUACCCCUCAAAAGCUAAUCAUAGAACCAAAUACUCUAGAGUUAAACGGUCUCACAGAAGAGGCAUCCCACGUCCUACCCAAGAAUGUUGCUAAGGAUAGAGACGAGGAGGAUUUUCCUCUUGAUUACUUUCCUGUGUCCGUUGAGUAUCCCACAGAUGAAAAUACGUUUGAUCCGUUCCCUCCACAAGCUUUUACGCCCGCUGUGCCUUCCGUACCUAUUCCGUAUGAUAACAUGGGGGAUAGAGAUUCCAUGCCCGUAAAUUCUCUUCUCAAUAGAUACCCCUAUCAAUUAUCGGUGGCACCUACUUUCCCAGUACCGGCGUCUUCAUCAAGACAGCAUUUUAUGACAAAUCGGGAUUAUUAUUCAUCCAAUAAUAGUAAAGAGAAAAUGGCAUCUCCCGGCGAUUCUAGUAGUUAUAUGAAGUAUGACGAUCCACCGGUGGAUUUCGAAGAAUCCCGACUAAAUGAGAACAGCACGAGUUCCAAAUCACAUAAUUCCAGUCAGCAAGCUAAGCAACAUCAACUAUAUUCAAAUAACUUCCAACAGUCUUAUCCAAAUGGCAUGAUUCCAGGAUAUUAUCCAAAAAUGCCAUAUAAUCCUAUGGUAGGAGAUCCUUUACUUGAUCAAGCUUUUUAUGGUGCGGAUGAUCUUUUCUUCCCCCCAGAAGUUUGUGAUAAUAAUAUGUUGUAUCCACAGACAGCAAAUUCUUGGAAUGUUUUGCCCCCUCAAGCUAUGCAACCGGCUCCAACAUAUGUUCCAAGACCAUACACACCAAACUAUAGAUCGACACCAGGUUCGGCCAUGUUCCCAUAUAUGCAGAAUUCAAAUCCAAUUCAGUGGAACGCCGCAGUUUCACCAUACAGUUCGAGAGCACCGUCUACUACUGCUAAAAAUUAUCCUCCUAGCACGAUAUAUCCUCAAAACAUAAAUCAGUAUCCACGGCGAAGAACUGUGGGAAUGAAGGCUUCACAAGGAAAUAUUUCCAUAAAUAGUAAACAAUCUAUGAGCAAGUGCGCAAAAGUUUCAAAGCCACUGCAUAUUAAGACAAGCGCCUACCAGAAGCAAUACAAAAUCAACUUGGAGGCCAAAACUAAGCCAAGCACUGCCGAUGAAGAUCCCGCUCGUUCGGAUAAGCGUAAAGAAAUUUCGAUGCCAACACCGGAUUCAAAUUCAUUGGUGGUUCAAUCAGAGGAAGAUGGAGAUGAUUCUCCAGAGAUAGAUACAAGUGGAAGUUUCAAAAAAAAUCUUUCUGAUGCAGCAUGA